UUCAAUUGCAAAAAAAACAGGUGCUGUUCUAAUUGAUAGAGUAAACUACAUUCAAGGUCAGCUGUUCGAUGAUCCUCAGUGUAGGAAUGAUCCCAUUUUUCUGCUCAGAAUGACCGGCAUGAGGAUUAUCAAAGGAUAUUCUUCAAGCUCCCUAUCAGGGACACCCAAUGUUAAGCCGAAGGAAAAGGGUCCCACAAUCACUGCGAGUGGGCUGCACAAUGUUCCAAAUUCCAAAUUGUGUAAUCUGUCAUUUACACAGUAAUGCGAAGUGAAGUUUAGAAAGAAAAAAAGUUCUUUCCAGUGGAGAAGGGUUGUAGCACAUAGCUUCGCCAAGUGAUGGGAUAGCUAGAUGUAGCAUUCUUCCGACCUCUUUUGCAUGACCAGCAGUGGCCUUGUCUGCCCCAUGCAAGUGUACCUUCCACUUGGCACACAAGCGUCGGUUCUGCAUGCAUGGCUCCAUCCUCUUCGCUCUCCACGUAACAAGCCACAGAGCAAGCGAAGGAUUGAUCGUUGUAUCCAAGUGCUGGAGCAGAUUGUGUAAGCCCAGAGAGUUCAUUAGUCUUCAUUGCAUGCAGGUAUGUAGAGUUUUGUCAUCAAGGAUGGCUCAAGAAUUGUAGAAUGCCUCCCACGGUUGAGUAGGAAUUUUCAUGACAAGAACGUCAUAAUUGAAUGCUUUUAGGGAGGUGAUUGAAAGGGUGUAAUUAGUCUCAGAAUAAAGCAGGAGCCGGAUAAUUCGUUGGAGUUGUGACGAUCAAGCUUCGCAACCAUGUGGUAUUGGCUGGAACCACGCACAUGGUUACAGAAAUUCAUAGCCUGGACGGUGUUCGUAGCUUGCUUGCUUGCCCUUCCCUUUGCGGUGAUCGUGUCUUCCAUUUACAACAUCCUUCGAAGUGGUCCGUGGACCAAAUACCGGGUUGUCAAAGGCAAAGUCGUAAUUGUCACAGGAGCGUCUUCCGGUAUUGGACAGUGCAUUGCCAUGGAGUAUGCAAAGAGAGGCGCUAAGUUAGUUCUGGCCGCUAGACGCAAGGAGAAAUUAGAGGAGGUGGCAAAGAAGUGCUCAGAGCAUGGUGCUUCUGAUGCAGUUGUUUGUCCUACGGAUGUUUCCGUCCCCGAUUCAUGUGAAAACUUGGUCAAUUUCACACUCGAAACCUUCGGCAGAGUGGACGUGCUGGUGAACAAUGCAGGAAGUGCAAGUAUUUCACCAUUUGAGGAAUACUCCAGCACUGAGAAAUUCCGCAAGGAUGUGGAAGUGGAUUUCUGGGGCAAUGUCUUGACAACAAAAUUUGCAUUGGAACAUUUGCGACGCACUCGCGGUCAAGUUGUGGUUACCUGCUCUGUCGGUGCCCUGGCGCCGUAUCCAAAGCAGACAUUCUACAACGCAUCCAAGGCAGCUCUCCUCCAUUUCUAUGAUACUCUCCGAGUGGAGCCAAUAGGACGAAGCAUUGGCAUCACUGUUGCGUUGCCUGGUUUCGUGAAAUCGGAGCUAACAACCCUAGGCCCCAGGGGGCAUAUCCCAAGAUGGUGGCCGAUGAUGGAAACAGAAGAUUGUGCGAAGAAGAUUGUGGAGGCUGCCUUGUCCAACCGUCGCUAUGCGCUCAUUCCAACCUGGUACUCAUUCAACGUGUUGUUCCGCGUCUUUGCACCCGAGUUGCUCGAGAUUCCUCCCCGCAUGUUUCUCCUCGGCAAACCUCCAUCCAAGAGUGUGAAGAUGGCUUCCGAGUUACUGCUUGGGGAAGAAACAAGCCGCCAGGUCUUCCAGUCGCUCAAAGCCCUUGCGGCUUAGCUUAAGCCAAUACUUCUUUUUAUCACUUCCUGUUGUAGUCUAAAAAUCUGCAUUGGUAAACUGAGUCAAGUCUGGCGUGUGCCUCUUCAAAACAAACCAUGAUCUUGUCUUCGACAGUGGAAACCCGGUGUCAUCAAAAGAACAAACCAACUAUUUUCUAUUUUAGGGUUGAACACUACCAACAGUGUUGUUAGGGUUUUUAGAGUGAACUUUCACGACGUUCGGAUCCCGAGACAAUGGCCACCAGUUGUCGAUCUGGAACCAUUUCAUGCUGAGCCAGCAAAGUUGCAAACCAUGAAUUGCAUCUGGAUCAUGCCUAAGUCUUCGGCGAGACAAAUCCUGAGACUAGGUGGUUAAAUAAGGACCAGCAUAAUAAUAAUUUAGAAUCUAGUAUUCUAACACUCCCCAGUUUUAAUCAGAAUAAAAACUGAAAUUAAACUUGUUGGCUUUAUCAGAUUGACUUUCAUUAAAUCUAUGGAGUAAAUUCGAUGUUUUGGUUUUGGUGAGAAA